AUGUUCGUCCCCGUCGAUGAUGUCUCCACGAUCGCCCCAGAAUCCACCACCGUCUUUGUCACGACCACCACCGCCUCGUCCCGGUUGAUCAUCUCCAGUGAAGCGCCCACGUUGCCCCAGAUUGAGAGGAUCUCGCCAUCCGGCUACGCGUCGAGCAGUCUCUUUGGGGACCAAACACACACCUUCGACCCGACCAAGUGCAACAACGAGGCAUGGAUGCGGCUGCUUGAGGCGAAAAUGAAGGAAAACGAUGCGACGGCUUCGAAACUCAGCAUCUCGAGGCAGUUGGGUGACGCGGCGAUGGAGCUCGUCAGUGUGUUGUGCUCAAAGACAACGAUCAGG